UGCACGAAAUACAGCAUAACUUUUCUGAGCGACUACUCGAGUAAGAACCGCAUGCACUGUUUUGCUGUCUCCACAGCACUUGCGGAAUCUUUGCUCCGAACUUAGUCAAAAAUAUUAUUUCGUCGAUUCGUAGAUUUUCACGUUCGAAUCUACACUUCUUGGAUUUAUACCAUCUGAUAUUUUGAUGCACCUGUUUACACCACGAAAGUGAAUGCUGACUUCAAGAUGGUUCCUCAAAACCUCACAUCAAAUGGACUAAUAACAAUGCAGUCACAGCAGAUUCCAAAUGGCCAUGGCUCACCUGGAUCUACGGGUUCCUCAGAAGAGCUUCGCCAGUCGACGCUCGACAUCGCUGAAGACAUCUGCCAGACGAACUGGAAGGGGAACAACGGGCACAUCAAGAGGCCGAUGAAUGCUUUCAUGGUUUGGUCACAAAUCGAGAGGAGACGCAUCAUGGAGACUACACCAGAUAUGCACAAUGCUGAGAUCUCCAAGCGACUGGGAAGGCGGUGGAAGACCCUCGAUGAAGUGGCGAAAUCUCCGUACGUCGAGGAGGCAGAGAGGCUGAGGCUUUUACACAUGGCUCAGUACCCUGACUACAAGUACCGUCCCCGAAAGAAGUCCAAGCCUACCACUAAGCCAGAAGCUGCUAAGACCACCAGCAGCAAACCAAAAGCCAACAAGCCCAAGUCAUCAUCGAAAUUGACGAAGAUGAAUGGCAUCGUGAUCGACCAGAUGCACCCGCAUCAGAUCGUGCAGUCUGGCCGCAUUGAGAAGAUCCCUAAACUCAAACUCACCAUCGACAAGAAAUUCAGGGAGAACAUGAAGGCAAGCAAAAUUGUGGAGCUAGUCCCCAGCCAGCUCACCCCUCCCGCCAAAGUCCCCGCCAGCCCGACCGGCUCCAACACGGACCCUUGCAACGAGCAGAGCCUUUACGAGGAUUACGCCAAUAUCCAACACACGUACGAAAUGCAGCGCUACGAAUUCGGCGUGCCCAGUGGAGCCACAUCAACAACGUGCUCAAGCCCGGCAUCAUCAGAUGUCUCGCAGCAAUCGUCCAUGUCGACAAACUCCUCCGUUUCGUCCAUGUCAACGGGAUCGUCGUAUUGUGCGCAACAGUCGAUUGAAGACGUUGUCUUCCCCGGUGGACUUACAGGUUCUGAAUUCAAUAACUUUAAUUUUGGGUCAGUACCCGACGAUCUCAGCCCGCUCGAUUCAGUCGGUAGCAAUGGCAGUCAUUUCGAGUUCCCCGACUACACAACGCCUGAGGUAAGCGAACUCAUAGACUCAGAUUGGCUGCUUUCGUCCAUGAUUUCAGCAUACAACUAAACAAGCCGAACAAUUUUUUAAAUAUAUAUUCCUGAACAUUUCUGCAAAGGAAAGAAUAUUAUUCAACAACUCUUGAACAGAUUAUUCCUGCCGAAAAGUGAUUUUUGUGAACUUUUCACCGUUUCAUCUGAAGAACAAUCAGGUUUAAACUUCCCAUUCCAACGUUUUUGCUAAGUGAGCUAUCGCUGCAGGCUGGCGAUGCUCGUGCUAAAUUUGUCAACGAUUUUCAUGUGAGUUUGUUUUUUGUCAAACACUUAAAUUACAAGAAAGAAGUAUGCCUUACAAUGACCGUAGACUGAACAGUUUUGCAACAAUCAAUUUGUCGUUGUAUAUAGUCCUUACAAGUGAGAAUUCGUGCAGGCAAUUUUUUGAAAAUGAUGUCUUUGUAGAAAAGAGAAGUAUUGUAUUUGUAGAAAUUCAUUAUUGUGUACUUACAUUGCACUUGUAGUGCAACUGCUCUGACGCUAAAAAAGAAGUGCAUUCAUUUGCUGCAAAUUAGACCUCAUAGAGCAAAAAAACUAUUUAUAAAGACAAAAAAGCCUUGAACUGCUGUAAAAGCUUGGCACGCGAGCAAGUCUCGAUUUUUUUUUUUACUGCAAUCGUGACCUUUCGUGACCUCCCAUCACAAAACGGCUAUUCAACCGUACCGUGUGGGAGUGCAGCGUUUAUCAAACAAUGCAAUGUAUUCACUUAUUCAAUGUGGUGUUUUGUACAUUGCUUAUAUAUAUUUUACACGUGCUAAUUUAAUCACUGAAUUUAAACUCUAAAAUGAUUCAUCAUGCGUCGAGUGGUUGUACUUUCAUUUAUAAGGGUUCAAUUUUGACGAGCAUGUUCCACAAAACAUAUCAUUUGAAAGUUGGGGUAUUCGCUAGUUUCUUAUAUAUAUUUUCCAUGAAGAUUUUGAACAAAUUUCGACUGCACUCUAAUAAUUCCGAGAUGAUACAUUCUUUGUCAGACACCUAUUAUUGAUAUUUAUAUUAUUUAUGCAAAGGAAUUGUACAGGUAUAAUAAUAUAUGUUGUACUUUGUGGAGCUAUGUAUGCAUUUACAUUUGUGUAUAUCAUAGGCCGUGUGCGUACUAUGUAAUAGAAUAGCUUUAGAUAUGAAAUUCCAGCUAACUGAUGGUUGCUCGAUUUUUGUUGACAGAAUUCCGAAAAAAUCCAAAAUUAUUUUGCAAAGAGAUUUGAAAGAAAGAUAUUUGAAAAGGAAAAGAAACUAUUUGAGAGAAAAUAUAGAAAGUUUGAUUUGAGUUAAAAACCUCACAUUUUAUCAGAUUGACUAAAUUACACGAUGGAGGUGUACUAUUAUGGAAUUGAGUGGGUUUUUAAAUCAGAUUGAAAAUAUUUUGUAUGAAGAGAACAGAUUAUUUGGAAAAUCAUAGACUAUUAUUAAUGCUCAUGUACAUUCGUAGAUGUUUUAUAUAUAUAUUUCUUCUGUCUAUUUUGUACAUAGAGAUACUAUCUAACCUAUUUCUAAAAUUUCGUACUCAGCUUUUUUAAAAAUAAAUAAUAUUUUGUAGAAAUAAAGAGCUUACAGAUUGUCAAAGGAAAAGUUGCUUGCGUAGAAAGACAUAGACAUAGCGUGCACGAUCAGAGAAACGUAGCACAUCGCUUUCAAAACUUCUCAUAGAUUUGCCUAUAAACUGCCAGAAAUAUGCUCGUUAUUGCAGCGAAAUAAGAGCAGCAGUUUCCCUUUUUAAACAGAAUUCCUCAAACUGUUUACAAUGUGCAAAUUUAUUGCGUACCAUCCUAGUGCAGUAUACGAGUCAUUGUUAUUGUUAUUUUAUUCAUUAUUAUAUCUUGUGACUUCCAGCCGACUAGACACAUCAUUUGUUUGUCUAACUUCCAAUUUUGAGGAGACAGUCAAUUGUCAUUUUUAUAUAUUAUACAAUGAACAAUCCGGUAAUAACCGAAUACGAAUCCGGUAAUAACCGAAUACAAGGUGUUGAUACUUAUACGGUGAUAGCGACAAUAUACGUGCUUGUAAAAUGUAUGUCAUUUACAACGGUGAAUUUUUCCUAAUGAAAUUUGUAAUAUAUUUUUGAGCCUAAAUCAUUUGAUACAAGACUUUGUUACUCGUAACUUUAAAAAAGUGAGAAAAUGAAGAAAAAAAAACUUUCAAAAUAAACAUUUUCAAGAAAUGAAA